AUGAAGGCCCGUAGGGUGACGAGGGCCCGUAGGGUGACGAGGGCCCGGAAAGGGGACAUGGUGUUGGACAGCGAGGUGGUCCUGACCAAAAUGAAGCUCUUCAACAACUUCCACGAGAGGCUUAUAAUAGCUGACGACACUGUGUCCACCACUUCCACAGUGUCUGUUUCCAAGCAGGACUCCUCAGAGCCCUUCAAGGCCCCGGAGGUGAAUUCCCGCCUUGACAACAUGUCUGGACAGCCUCCCAUGGAAUCUGGCUCAGACUACUUGUCAACCAUUUUGCCUCAGUUAUACAAAUUCGAAUCAGACGACUCUGGAGUGGAGCUGCCCAGUGGGGCUAACUCUCCCUCAACGCCCAUGGGCUCGGAGCAGAGCUUCGUUGUCCACAGUCGGAACUCAUCCUGUGACUCCUGCAACCUGAAUGCCCCUGCCGCCGUCCCUGACACGCUCCUCACAUGCAACCAGGAAUCCGAGGUCACACAGGCCUCAAAGGACUUAAAGGACAACCUCCUAAAGACAACUGUGGAUGCUCGGGACAGCAUCCUUAUCACAUCAGAGGGACUCGCCUCCUCGGUUGACAGAGGAAAACCACACACGUCUGAGGACAUGGAGGGCAGACAGUGCACAGCUUUGAUGGGCAGCUCUCAGAACGGCAAGGAGACCUGCGAACAGCUUGACGAGAAAACCACAGCGACUGACAGCACAGACUCGGAGAGUGCCAGGACCCGGAGCCGAUGCUCCUCGGAGGCUUGUGACAACAUGACAGACGGUGAAUUUGAACAGCGACCUCUGAGGAGGAGCACCACCAGUGACAGCCUGGAGGAGUAUAUGGAGGAGUGCUGCAGGCUCAGCGAGGUACAGCAGGCUAGCGCUAAUCCUCUGGGCUCGGGUCUCGGAUAUCUGGAACACAUCUGCCAACUCAUAGAGAAGAUCGGUCAGCUCCAGGAGAGCAACCUCCGCUUGCAGAGACAGAUCUGCGGCCUGCAGAAGGAUGGCAGGAUGAGUCGGACUAAAGAGGUUUGCUUUUG